GUACAUUUACUAAGGCAUAGUGGGCGGAAGGACAGCGGUAGCCUAAAUCCGGCUAACGACAUUUCUGAAGCAUCUUCUUUGUUUACUCCGCCAAACACUCCCUUAAUUUCUAUGCAUACGCUUCUCUUCCACCACAACCACUGCUUCCCACUUCAUCGCAUUCUCCUCACUCCUCCCUCCGCCGCAAUGAGUUCCGCCGUCGCGCUCCCCUCGGUUUCUCUCUCCAAAUCCGCAUUCAGCGACACCGAUUCCUUCAGGAGCUCCGUCAGCCUGGGAUUCAGAAAUGAGAUCCGGAGUUUGUCGCGGCUUAAUUUGGGGAAAUCUAGGGUUUCCAUGAGCGCCGCCGUCGGAUCGGAGGCGGCGGUCGUCGAUGAUGCAUUGUUCAAGGACUAUAAGCCUUCUACUGCUUUCCUCUUCCCCGGCCAGGGUGCACAAGCUGUUGGAAUGGGAGUGGAGGCUCAAAAGGUGCCUGCUGCAGCUGAAUUAUACAAGAGAGCUAAUGAUAUUUUAGGGUUCGACCUUUUGGAUAUUUGCAUUACUGGGCCAAAAGAGAAGCUUGAUUCCACUGUCCUAAGCCAGCCGGCUAUCUAUGUUACAAGUUUAGCAGCAGUUGAGGUGCUUCGAGCUCGCGAUGGAGGUCAGCAAAUAAUUGACUCUGUUGAUGUCACAUGUGGUCUAAGCUUAGGAGAAUACACGGCCCUUGCAUUUGCUGGAGCAUUCAGCUUUGAGGAUGGGCUUAAGCUAGUCAAGUUAAGGGGUGAGGCAAUGCAGGACGCCGCUGAUGCUGCUCAAAGUGCCAUGGUUAGUAUUAUUGGACUAGACUCUGAUAAAGUGCAGGCACUCUGCGAUGCUGCGAACGAAGAUGUAGACGAAGCAAAUAAAGUUCAAAUUGCCAAUUUCUUGUGCACUGGAAACUAUGCUGUCUCCGGGGGCCUUAAAGGAAUUGAAGCAGUUGAAGCAAAGGCAAAAGCAUUUAAAGCUCGAAUGACAGUCCGGUUAGCCGUUGCCGGAGCUUUCCACACGGGUUUUAUGGAGCCUGCUGUAUCAAGAUUAGAAGCAGCUUUGGCAUCAACAGUAAUCAGAAAACCAAGAAUACCAGUCAUAUCCAACGUUGAUGCAGAGCCACAUGCCGUCCCAGAAACAAUCAAGAAAAUACUGGCUCGCCAGGUGACCUCUCCCGUCCAAUGGGAGACAACCGUGAAGACCUUGUUGAGCAGAGGAUUGAAAAAAAGCUAUGAAUUAGGACCAGGGAAGGUGAUAGCUGGCAUUGUGAAAAGGAUGGAUAAAGGAGCUGUCAUUGAGAACAUUGGUGCCUAAAGCAUCUGCUUCUUCGAGCCUUUUGAGCUGCUUUUUGCCGAAACCUAUCUGUGUAGGCAAAUGGGACGUAAGCAAUAAACGGUUAUGUUUUGCGAUAUUAAAGUGAGAGCUUGAUAUACAUUGGUCCAUAUUUGUGGAUAAUUUAUUGAGUUUCUUCCAACUUUCA